AUGUGCAAAUUCCUCCUCGAGGUUGUAUACUGCCUAUGCAAUGACAGGCACUGCAAGCAUAAAGUGGAGGAGCUGGGCGAGUCGAAGGAUACCGCUCCCGGGCACGUUGCGAGAAUAGACACCUGUCAACGCAAGGCGCGCUGCCUUCAACAGUUUACCAACAACAAACCUGAUCGGCUCCUAGUCAAGCACGGCAUGCGCCCCGAAGACGGCAACAGCAAGCCGGACUGCCCAGUGGUCACAUACGUCCUCAAGAUCAUCCCUUCCAAAGAACUAUACCCGUGCCCGAAGUGCCAGGCAGACUGUCAGUGGAAUGGCAGCCCACCGCCUUCCGUCUCGGACGACUCGGACGUCUCGGACGUCUUUGACCUGCAGGUAGUGGCCGAUGAGCUGACCUGA